CGGAGAUUCGAAACGGCAUUGGUUUGAAAAUGGCCGCCACGUCUGACAGCACCGGCAGCAUGUCUGACGGCGUGGAGACCGUAGUAUGCGAAACCAGCAGCUGUGAUGCUGCGUCAACUGCGCCAGCGGGCGAACACACGUUCGAGUCGACCUGCCGCAUCGAGGCGACCGUGGUUACCGGGUUGGAGCACAUUGCACGCGACGAGUGCGUCGACAAGCUGGGCGUCCGUCCAGAGACGGCGCGCGGCCGCGUGUUCUUCGACCUCCCAAUCGACCGCGUCUCUGAGGUGUGGAGCCUCCAAGGCGUGGACAACCUCUAUGUGGUAGUCUCAACCUUCUCAAACAUGGAGGUGCCCGCGUCCAAGGAGGAGAUGGAGGCCGCGCUCGUUCCCCUGGUGGAGAAGAUGCGCUGGGAGACUGCUCUCGAGGUGUGGAGGCGGAUGCGCCCGAGCGCCAAGUUCGAACUGGCCGAUUUCUUCCGCAAACACCAGAAGGAGGUUCACAGUGGUGCCGGUGAUGAGAAAGAGGCAGAGAAGAAGGAAGGUCCCAAGUUUCGGGUGACUUGUCACCGGUCGGGUGAGAAUCACAAGUUCACCUCGAUGGAGGCGGCGGCUGUGUUCGGGGGUGCUGUGAACGACACCUUCGGCUGGGGCGUGGACAUGCGCAACUUCGACCUGGAAGUGGUGCUGCACGUUGACCCCGGAUGCGUGUAUGUCUGCCUUACACUGACCCCUGCCAGCCUGCACCACCGGCACUUGGAGCACUUUGGACCGACCAGCCUUCGCUGCACCAUCGCUUACAACAUGCUCAGGCUGUGUGAUCUGAAGCCGAGCGACAUAGUGUGCGACCCCAUGGUUGGCGGAGCAUCCAUUCCAUUGGAGGGUUGUGUCAAUUGGCCCCAGACUGUGUUUGUAUGCGGCGACAACCACCCAUUGGCCGUGCAGCGCUCUUAUGACAACCUUUCCGCACUCAACGAAAAGCGUGCCAAGGCAAGCCCAGAGGGAAGGAGCAGCCAGCUGUGCAUGGAUAUUUGCCAGUGGGAUGUCUGUGCCCUGCCACUUAGGACUGCUUCUGUUGACGUCUUCAUCACAGACCUGCCCUUUGGCAAGCGUAUGGGAUCUCGACCGGAUAACCGGGUGCUGUACCCCAAGCUGCUGCAGGAGCUAGCUCGAGCUGCCCGUCCUCGCACUGGGCGAGCAGUGCUGCUCACGCAGGACAAGAAGAGCCUGUCACUGGCCGUGGGACGGCUGGGCCGGCUGUGGCGCCAACUGCGUGUGCAUGGCGUCAAUGUGGGUGGCCUGGCAGCGGCCAUCUAUGUUCUACGACGCACCGACGUUGUCCUGUGAGCCCCCUGGCAACACCGACUGGAAAGCUACCGGUUGAGCCGGCUGGAUGGUUGAGUGACUUUUCCAGAGGCAACGUAAUAGUGCGUGCAGUGUGACAAGCCACGAAAACCUCGUGACAAUCAGUGACGUUUUCUGAGUUCCCCGCUCAGCUCUUCUCAUAAGCACGAGAAGGGUUAACACGCGGGCUGUGUGCGACGAUCUCGUCUGUGUCAGGAGGACACAUCCAUGUUUGUUGUUUGUGGUGUGAAGUAAAACCUGAGAACCUUUUUUUGAUCAUUGGUGUUCUACUUAUGUAGAUCAAGAGUGAGGAUUAAUAAUCUCUUGCUAGUUUUUAUGAACCUGUGAUAAAGAUGUUAAAUAGUUGGGUGUGCUUCAUGGAAAUUGUAACAAGGCUGUUAUUGAGGCAUAUCCGAGGGUGUGCAGCCUAACGGCUAUAACAGGGGCUCAUAAAGUGACACGUACAAGCACUUACUUACAACUGAAAUUUAUUAUAAAAAAUAUUAAAAUAUGUA